CUUUCUCUUAUACACUUACGAUUCUUUGCUUUAUCCAAACACACAAGGCUUCUGUCUUAAGUUGAUUUAACUCUUAAAAAAAUAAAAAAUGUCCUUUUGCCCUUUCCUCUUCCUUUUGGCCUUUUAUGUUGUUAGUUGAUGAAUGCAUACUUUAUUUCUUUUACUUUUCAUCUCCAUUUCCAUUAUCUCUGCAAGAUGAAGUCUUUCAGUUGUGUUUCUGCACCAUCGGAUCCUAAGAGCAGAUCAUGCCUUUGGACUCUCUUCUGUUUGGCUUCCUUAAUUUGCACUGUUUACUUCAUUAGCAGUUCAUUCUUUGGAAAGGAAUAUAAAGAAGGCUUAAAAGGAUGGCAAGUUAUUGAGCCAAUGCAGAAUAUAAAAUCUAAUAAAUGCAAGGAUCAUUGCAGGCCUUCUGGAAGCGAGUCAUUGCCCCAAGGAAUUGUCAGAAAAACGUCGGACUUCGAAAUGCGGUCCCUAUGGAACAAUUCUGUGGAAGAUAACAAGCCAAAGCCUUCAAAAAGCUUAUUAGCUCUUGCAGUUGGAAUUAAGCAAAAACAAGUAGUGGACCAAAUUGUUAAGAAGUUUCCUUUGAGUGAUUUUGUUGUGAUGCUUUUCCAUUAUGAUGGAAAUGUGGAUGGAUGGCGGGAGCUGCCAUGGAGUGACCAUGCUAUUCAUGUAUCUGCAGUGAAUCAAACAAAAUGGUGGUUUGCAAAACGGUUCCUGCACCCAGAUAUAGUUGCCGAGUAUACUUAUAUAUUUCUUUGGGAUGAAGACAUUGGAGUUGAGAAUUUUAAUCCAAGACGAUAUCUGUCUAUCGUCAAGGACGAGGGACUAGAAAUAUCACAACCAGCCCUUGAUCCUGCCAAGUCGGCGGUGUAUCAUCCAAUUACUGCACGUCAACCAAAAUCAAGGGUCCACAGAAGGAUGUAUAAAUUUAAAGGCAGUGGAAGGUGUUAUGACAACAGCACUUCUCCUCCUUGCAUAGGUUGGGUGGAAAUGAUGGCACCUGUCUUCUCAAGGGCAGCCUGGCGAUGUGUUUGGUACAUGAUCCAGAAUGACUUGAUCCAUGCAUGGGGCCUGGAUUUGCAGCUUGGUUAUUGUGCACAGGGUGAUCGAACGAAAAAUGUUGGUGUGGUUGAUUCCCAGUACAUAGUUCAUAUGGGUCUUUCAACUCUUGGUGUCUUCAAUGGAACUGAGGGACCUCUGCAGAGCCACAUAGCUGAUAAAAGAGUUGAGGUACGAAGACAGUCCUCUGAAGAAAUGCAGAUAUUCCGGAAGAGAUGGAAGAAUGCUGUAAAGGAAGACAAAUGUUGGAUUGAUCCAUUUCAACCACCAGCAAACCAAACUAGUAAUUGAAUUUAUUGUUAUUAUUUUUUCAUCAAGGCCUUCAACUGGGCAUCAGAUGGAAGUUGGUGGUCAAAUUCAUUGACAGCAACACAUAUUUAUACACACCAUCAAUACAGUUUUUAGGUGGCGAAAAUAUCUCAAAACAGGUUGAGACAUGUUCAUCAGUAGGGAAAUGGCAGACAUUCCUAAUGUAUGAAUAGUUUUCUUUUGUAAUUUUUUUUUUAAUUGUUGAUAUUUCUUUUGAAUGGUGUAAAUACAUUUUGAUGUUGAAAAUGUAAAUUGAUCUUUUUUUUUUUUU